CCCUACAAAGUACAAACACAUAAAACCUACACACACAAAAAAAAAAACGAGCUCCCAACUCUCUCUCGCGUCCGCCAUUGGAGAUAUGGGAGUACCGUCGUCAAAGAAAAUUGCUAAUGGAAAACGUCACGAUUCUACAAAGUCCUUUAAACCAACGAAGAAACCGUUUAAGAAGACGAAGGACGAUUUAGCUGCUAGGUCUGAAGCCGCUCUACAGCUCGAAGAUGUUCCUGACUUCCCUCGAGGUGGAGGUAGUUCUCUGAGUAGAAAAGAGCGUGAGAAAAUUUAUGAAGAAGUGGAUGCUGAGUUUGAUGCUGAUGAGCGUGUUUCUAAGAAGAGUAAAGGUGGAAAGUCUAAAAAAAAGAAAAUCCCUAACGAUGCAGACGAUUUGGGAUUGCUUUUUGGCGGCCUUACUGGCAAAAGGCCAAGAUAUGCCAAUAAGAUUACCACUAAGAAUAUUUCCCCUGGAAUGAAGCUUUUGGGAGUUGUUACUGAAGUAAACCAGAAGGAUAUUGUAAUUAGUCUUCCAGGAGGAUUACGUGGAUUAGUCCGCGCAAGUGAGGCGUCAGAUUUUACAGAUCUUGGGAUUGAGGACGAUGAAAAUGAACUCCUUGGAGACAUUUUUUCAGUGGGUCAGCUUGUUCCCUGCAUUGUAUUGCAAUUAGAUGAUGAUACGAAGGAGGCGGGCAAAAGAAAAAUAUGGCUUUCAUUGCGACUUUCUUUAUUGCACAAGGGAUUCAGUUUUGAUUCUUUUCAACUAGGGAUGGUUUUCUCUGCCAAUGUGAAAAGCGUCGAAGACCAUGGUUAUAUACUUCACUUUGGAUUACCUUCUAUCACAGGAUUUAUCGAAAUAUGCGAUGAUGGAAACCAGAAGUCAAGAAUGAAGACUGGGCAGCUUAUUCAGGGUGUGGUUACAAAGAUCGAUAGAGAACGUAAAAUUAUUCGUCUUAAUUCUGACCCAGAUUCAGUGGCGAAGUGUCUGACCAAGGAUCUUAAUGGCAUGUCCUUUGAUCUUCUCAUCCCCGGAAUGAUGAUUAAUGCUCGUGUGCAAUCAGUUCUUGAGAAUGGGAUACUGUUCGAUUUUCUUACUUACUUUAACGGAACGGUUGAUCUCUUCCAUCUAAAAAAUCCAUUGUCUAACAAAAGCUGGAAGGAUGAGUAUAGUCAGAAUAAGACGGUUAAUGCUAGAAUAUUGUUUAUCGAUCCAUCAUCUAGAGCUGUUGGUUUAACAUUGAACCCUCAUCUUGUUUGUAACAAGGCUCCUCCGUUGCAUGUUUCUAGCGGCGGCAUAUUCGACGAAGCAAAAGUAGUUCGUAUUGAUAAAUCAGGCCUUCUUCUGGAACUUCCUUCUAAGCCUGCAUCAACUCCAGCAUACGUUAGCACAUAUGAUGCCGCAGGAGAUGAAGUAAAGAAACUGGAAAAGAAGUAUAAGGAAGGAAAUCACAUCCGUGUUCGAAUACUCGGCCUUAAGCAGAUGGAGGGGUUGGCCAUAGGGACUCUAAAGGAAAGCGCCUUUGAAGGUCCAGUUUUCUCCCACUCAGAUGUCAAGCCUGGUAUGGUGACAAAGGCCAAAGUCAUAUCUGUUGAUUCAUUUGGUGCCAUUGUGCAAUUUCCCGGUGGUCUCAAAGCGAUGUGCCCACUUCGGCAUAUGUCUGAGUUUGAAGUUACGAAGCCGAGGAAAAAAUUCAAGGUUGGAGCUGAAUUAGUAUUCCGUGUGCUUGGCUGCAAGUCAAAGAGAAUAACUGUUACCUACAAAAAAACUCUUGUGAAGUCGAAACUUCCAAUUUUGGGUUCUUACACUGAUGCAACUGAAGGUCUAGUGACGCAUGGCUGGAUAACAAAGAUUGAAAAGCAUGGAUGCUUUGUUCGCUUUUAUAAUGGAGUGCAAGGAUUUGUUCCCAGAUUUGAACUUGGUUUAGAGCCUGGAAGUGAUCCAGAUUCCGUGUUUCAUGUCGGAGAGGUUGUCAAAUGUAGAGUAACCAGUGCGGCUCAUGGUUCUCGAAGGAUCACCCUUAGUUUGAUGAUAAAGCCAGCAAGUGUUUCUGAAGACGAUUCAAUCAAGUUAGGUAGCAUUGUAUCUGGGAUAAUUGAUAGUAUAACUAGUCAGGCAGUCAUUGUCCGUGUUAAAUCCAAAGGAGUUCUCAAGGGUACAAUUUCUGCUGAACAUUUAGCUGAUCAUCAUGAGCAAGCAAAAUUAAUGAAGUCACUUUUAAGACCUGGAUAUGAGCUUGAUAAGCUGCUGGUACUAGGUAUGUUUAUUAAUAUUGUUGCAAAUUCUUCAUGUAUAUAUCCUUCACAUAUUUAAAGGAGGAGGUAGACU